UCCGUUCCGGAGGGCUGUGUUUGUUUCUGUGAUACAAUGUGCCUGGACAUGCUGAGGCACAAAAAGAAGGUGCUGUUGCUGCUACUGCUGAUGGCCACGGGCAGUAUAAUUUACUACCUGUAUACGCUGAAAUUGGAACGGGAGCGCGAUGCAAACGUAUCUUCGACGACCUCGCGUCUGGAGCGUGAGAUAAGCGAGCUGCAGGCUGUUUUCGAGUCGGAGGUUAUCCCGGAUCUGGGAGCUUUGGGUCGUCCGGCGAGGGGCAACUGGACCCAGGAGGAACUGGAGGCCAUGGCAACAAGUCAGCGGGAAACGGGUUACAACGCCUGGCUCUCGAAGCGCAUCUCGCCAGAGCGAACGCUCUACGACAUGCGACAUCGCAGCUGCAAAAAGCUCGAGUACUCGCUGGAAAAGCUUCCCUCCGUCAGUGUGGUGAUAACUUAUCACAAUGAGGAGGCGAGUGUGCUGCUGCGAACGCUGAGCAGUCUGAGGAAUCGGACACCGAUCCUGCUUCUCCGGGAGAUCAUCCUGGUGGACGACGGCAGCAGUUCAGUGGAUGAGAAGCUCAACGACUUCAUCCAGAUUAAGUUCCUCAAUAUGGUAAGGCAACACAGAAUUGCCACCCAGGUGGGUCUGAUGCAGGCCCGAGUCGCGGGCGCUCAACUUGCCCUGGCCGAUGUACUUGUAUUCCUAGACUCCCACGUGGAGGUCACCAAGGGCUGGUUGGAGCCACUCCUAGCUCCAAUUUUGAAGAACAACAGGACCUGCACCACUCCGAUUAUUGACACCAUUGAUUACGAGAACUUUUCGUACAGAAGGGGCAAGCCAUCCAGGGGAUUCUUUAACUGGGAAUUUAACUACAUACAGUUGCCACUCCUCAAGGAGGAGGCGGUGGCCAUGCCGGCUCCCCAUAAGAAUCCCAUCAUGAAUGGCGGCCUCUUUGCCAUCGGACGUCAGUGGUUCUCAGAGCUUGGUGGCUAUGACAAGGGACUGAAGAUCUGGGGAGGCGAGCAGUUCGAGCUGAGCCUUAAGCUGUGGUUGUGCGGGGGACAGAUUCUGGAAGUGCCCUGCUCCAGGAUUGGUCACCGGUACAGAGAUGGCAAGUUCCAGAUUCGCUAUACCGAUAAGGACAAAAAGAAAGAGAAUAAAAUUAUUGCAAAGAACUACCGUCGUGUGGCUGAGGUGUGGUUAGAUGAAUUUAAGGACAAGGUUUUCGCCAAUAUGCCACAUUUGACUGUGCUUUCGGUUGGAAAUCUCGCCGAACAACGAGAACUCAAAAAGCGACUUCACUGCAAACCUUUUAAAUGGUUUUUGGAUAAUCUUGCAAAGGAUUUCCUGAACUUGUAUCCAAUAAUAGACCCCGCAGAGUACGCAUCUGGAGUUCUGCAGAGCGUGUCCUCACCGAAACUAUGUUUGGAUCGCAACGAAAGUCGACACGAACAUCCCAAGUUAAGUCCUUGUAGUUCAGAUCACGUGUUUCCGAGAGCAGAGCAGCAUUGGAUCCUUUCCAAUCGUCGGGAGUUGCGAUCCGGACUCUACUGCUUGGAGGUGCGCAACCAAGGAAAGGAUGUUCGUAUCUUUCAGUGCCAUGGUCAGAGUGGAAAUCAGUUUUGGUCCUAUGACUUCAAGACCCGCCAGGUCAUUGCAGGCCAGAUGUCUAACUUCAGACAAUGUCUGGAGGCUCAGCCGAAAACAAAUAGUGUUACCGCUAGUGUCUGUGAUCCGAAAAAGUCCAGUCAGCAAUGGAAAUUCGGAUAUCAAAAUAACCAAAGAUUGAGUCACUUUUGGGACAAUGUCAAGACACACUAAAGGUUUUCUUAGAAAGUGGAAUAUAUAAUUCAA